AGCUCGGCGGCCUCUCGCGAUUCGCGGGCAGCGGAGUCUCUGCAAAAACCGUUUUUCUGCAAAAAAACGUACGAGCCCCAUGCCUUUGCCCAUACCCCAUCCUAUCCUCCUCUUCCUACACUUUCCCUCAAUCUCAAUCUCAACCACUCUCUUCUCCAUACUCCCUCCUCCCUCUUUCCAGAACCCUCCUUUCCUCUGUCCUUCCUCUAAUUCCAGCCUCUUUCCUUUUCGCAGCCCCCUCCCUCCUUUCCCUCUUUCCCAGUUGCCAUCGCCUCGGCCGCCUCGCCACCGUCGGCGUCCUCCGGGAGCACCUCUUCACCGCCACGCGCCAAAAGGGCGCUAAAAUUUUCCUCCCCCUUCCCAAGUUCCCCAAAUCUACCCAAACCCUAGCUUCUCUUCUAUAAUUUGAAUCAGGGAUCCUAACCAGGUAUGGCACGCGGGCGGGCGAGCGGGCGCGGGCGAUCGGCGCGAGCGGGGGUGGGCGCAGGCGAUCGGCAUGAGCGCGGGGCGGGCGAGUUCUCUUUUCUUUUUCUUUUUUUUUAAACCUCAGGAUCCUACUAUUGAGCAACUUCUUCUAAUUUUUCUCUCCUUGCUAAAGGAUGAGUUUCCAGAUGUUAGACUCAAUAUAAUCAGUAAACUCGAUCAGGUUAACCAAGUUAGUACCGGCUAGAGAGGUACUUACAGAGAGUUUAUUUAGAUUCCUAUUUAUUUGUCAUUGAUCUCUUGCACUGUUGCUGUCUUUUAUCAUUUUUGGUACUUCUGCUUGAAAUAUUUUCCAGCUUUUGCAUAUGGAAAAAUGGAUAACUAUUUUGGCACCGAUUGUGUUAGGUAUUGAACAAGGAGAAAUGAUUUUUAAUUAGAACUUCUAUUGUUCUUUUGGUGGGUUAAUAUCGCAUAAAUCCACAAUCUGUUUUCUAAUUGUAAUUUGAUCUACUGACUUGUAUUUGGUGGCAAAAAGAUCUACUAUAUACUAAUUGUAAUUUGCACACAAAGUUUGAUCGUUGUAAGAAAUCAUUUUUUGUCAAAUGUUACAUAGUUUCGUUUGAUGCAAGUAACUAAAUUUGGCCCACAGUUUAAUUUGGUGCGAAAAGUCUCAUUGGUGGAUUGGCUAACCAAUUAAUAUUGGAUAAUCAGUAACUUUUUGCAUCACAAGCUUUGCGGGUCAAAUUGAGGUGGAUAAUAAGAUAGUGUGUUAUUUUGUUUCAGAUAAAGGUAAGUUACAUUGCAUUUGUUAUUUUACUUUUCUCAUUUUAAACAUUCAUUCCUCAUUUUUUAUGCUUUUUUUUUUUUUUUUUUUCCUUCUGAGGAUGAUUUUCUCGAAAGCUGAUUUCUGUUUCCCCGCCCUCACCCUGCCCGACGAACUCGACCGCGCCCGCCAGCUCCGCCUCGAGAUUGAGCGUGACACCGAGCGCAAGUCCCACGCUGAAGCUCGCUCCCGCCGCCACGACGACGCUGAGUACAACGAUGAUUAUCGUCGCCGGGACCGGAACCGGGACCGGCACCGCGGUCGAGAUCGUGACCAUGACAGUGAUCGGCGGCGGGAUCACAGCGAACGGGAUAGGGAUAGCCCUACAUUUCCACCCGAAGGUUAUCACGAUAUCAAGGUUGCUCUGGAGUGUUUAUUAAAAGUUGUCAUUGAGGUUUCAUUGAGAGGAGAUGGUGGAGACAGGGAUAUCAAUAUUUUUGUGCAAAAGAGUUUGUUUGCUUCCUAUUUUAGUGCGGCUAUGUGGCCUGUUAGAGAGUGUAACAAGUUUCUACUUGCCGGACUUUUUUUUAGGUAAAUUUGCAUGAGGUUGUAACGCUAUCCUUCUUAAAUUGGUCUCGAUUUUGCAUCUGUAAUUUAGAAAAUGUUUGAUUGUAAAGUACUGUUGCUUGGUUGAUUGUAUUUGUUUUCUUAUCUUCAUCAACCUGUGCAAAUUUGUUUCUCCAAUUGUGGUGUCUUAAUUGUUUUUAUUAGAUUUCUUAACUAUCAUCUUUUUAGCUUGCUUAGGUUUGUUAUAUCAUCUGCUUUACCAAAACAGUGAUCUUAAUUAGUAUCUCAGAAUACUUGCAAACUAUAGAGCUCUUGCCAUACCUAUUUAGUGCUGCUGCAAAGAGUUUUAACAAAAGCUAGCUAAGUUAGUCGAGGCUUAAUUUAUUGGGUAUCAGAACCUGAACUUCAAUAUAGAUGGAUCUUAACCUAUAUAAUGCAGAUGAUCUGGUAUUUGAUAUAUAGAAAAUUUGGAUCAGACCAAAUCUGAAAAAAAA